UUAUUAUAUUUUAAUGAUAUACCCUGUUGAUUAUAAUUGUUGGAACGGAUAUUGUUGUUGGGACGGCUUUAAACUGACAGCGGAUUGUUGAUGUUCGAAUGAGUUCGAAUAUUGAUCUAUGAUUUCGAAUAAUGAUAGGUGCCAUCAAUGCCCACUAGAUGGCGUAUAGAAUAGAUCGUGGAAAAGGGAAUAGAUCGUGGAAAAGAGAGGGAAAUCAGUUAGAAGAAACCAACCAGCUCUCCGAAAAAAGGGACAAAAUCGCGGUUAAGGUCAGAGAGGUCAAACCGAUUUAAGCGCGCUAAAAACACUUAACGAGUCCAUUCGCAAAGGAGAAGCCAAGACGUUUUUUAAGCUUAACACAAAUAAACAAGUCUCGCUACAAAAAGCUUGGUUUUCGUGAUUAUUAUAUUAAAUAAACCCCUUUGCAAAAGCGAUCGUCGCAACAUUCUUAAAAAACUUCUUGAAAGUUCAAAGUCUACGCGUAAAGUGCCCGCGAGUUAAGUUAAGUUAAGUGACAAGAUGCCCGCGACUAAGAGUGAUUGUGUGAAGUGCAGUUUACCCAACGAUAUCGAUGAUAUGGUGCAGUGCCAGGAGUGUAAGAAAUGGUGUCACUUCAAUUGUGCUGGAGUGGGAGAAAGCGUCUCAGAAGCUUUCUGGGUGUGCGACAAGUGCGCGGAACAAGGGCCAAAAACGUCAAUGAAGACACGGCGCCCUAAGAGCGAAAAAGCGAUGGCGGUUGCAAAGGCAAGCCAGCAGCCCGAUCUCCCGGAAGGGAAGCAACAAUCGGAAGCGACGCCUGGUAUUAGCAAGGAACUGCCCGCUAAGCCUCUUCCUAGCCCGAACACUGCAAAGAGCCAUCCGGAAAACCCCACUCCAACCAGGCAAGGAAGUGUCGCUUCCUCCCGACUAUCGGCACAGUUGGCGCUGAAACGCUUAGAGAAGGAGCAGGAGAUGCAGAAACAGAUCUUGCUGGCUGAAAAGGAAAAAAUGGAAGCGGGAAUUCGUGCGAAGAUGGCCGAAAUGGAGCUACAACACGAAACGCAACUUAAUGCAUUGAAAGACGAGAUAGAAAAUCUGUCAAUCUACUCGGCAGACUCCAAAACAAAUAGGACAGCCGAGUGGGUCAAGCACCAAAAUCGGCAAGUCAUGGAAGCCACCCCCGAACAGAGCCGAAGAACCGAGCCUCCAUCGCAACCCAUUUUGCCAGCAAUAAUGUCCACCCCGGUCGCGACACACUCACGAACGGCCGAAUUAAGUAUCGCACGCGAAAUGUACCCCAAAAAACUACCCAUAUUUUCAGGGUGUGCAAAUGAAUGGUCCAUCUUUCUCAACUGCUACCAAGAGUCGACCAAAGCCUGCGGGUAUACUGAUGGCGAAAAUACCAUCAGAUUAACUGAGUGUUUAAGGGGCCCCGCUCGAGAUGCCGUGCAGUCCAAACUAAGGUUGCCAAAUGCCGCUCCGCUCAUAAUUAAACGGUUGGAAAAACUGUUCGGAAAACCAGCCCAGCUCGUGCGACAACUCACGGAACGUGUUCGCAGAUUGGACCCCCCCAAGCCAGAGCAGUUGAACAAUCUUAUUACGUUCGGCUUGGAAGUCAUUAAUUUGUGCGAUCACCUGACUCUGAGCAACCUGACUGGCUAUUUUAACAACCCGGAACUUUUGGCGGAUUUGGUGGAUAAAUUACCUGCAACAAGGAAACUUGAGUGGUCUAGGUACAAAAACAAAUAUUCCGAACCAACGCUAAAGGAGUUCGGCGAAUUCAUAGAGACGCUGGUAGACGAUGCAUGCGACGUCACCACUUACGUUCCUCCUAGAGCAGAUCAAACGAGAUCAAGAAGCUUCCACUCCCACUUGCACGUGCAACACUCCGACCCAGAACCGCCUGCACAUACGUCACACACUUCGCGACAAGUCAUUAUAAAAUGCCUGGUAUGCGCUACGCCGGGACAUGCCGCCAAGCAUUGCGAAACGCUCAAGAGAAUGACCGUGGACGAACGGUGGGAAAGCGUAACGCAAUUACAACUUUGCUCGACGUGCCUGAACAGACAUGGUACGAAACCGUGUCGAUCACGAUUCACAUGUCGGGUGCCAGGAUGCGGCGAAAGACACCACACUCUGCUACACCGAGAUAGAGAAUCACCUAAGGGCGUGCACUACCAAGCUCAUCACUACAUCAAGCAGCCGGCGAUUUUCCGCAUCGUGCCAGUUACGGUGUACCACGGCCGGCGCGCCAUCGACACCGUCGCCUUUCUUGAUGAGGGAUCAGCCAUCACCCUGGUGGAAGCCGAAUUGGCCUCGAAGUUGGGACUUGACGGAGAGGUAGAACCACUAGAGCUCUGCUGGACAGCCAACGUAACCCGGAAGGAAGAAGAGUCCCGCCGCGUCAGUUUCCAGAUAUCUGCGAGAGGAGAGGGGCGGCGCUACGACAUAGCGGCCGCCCGCACCGUCAAAGAGCUAAGUUUGCCGUCUAACAACAUUAAAUACGACGCACUGAUAAGUUCCUUUACACACUUACAGCACCUUCCGAUGACGUCCCUGGCUAACGCGAAGCCGACCAUCCUGAUCGGACUGCGAGACAUGCAGUUGAUGCGACCGCUCGAAACACGGUUUGGCCUACCCCAUGAGCCCGUCGCAGUAAGGAGUGCCCUCGGCUGGGCCAUCUACGGACCAACCGACGCGCGUGCUGAAAGGAUGACCCUAGGAGUACACCAAACACCCCGACAGGAGGAGGAGAGCUUCUGCGAAGACAUUCGCGAUGAAGGAACGAGCAACGACACACCAACUGAAAAGCCCCACUCGAACUCCCGCGAAACCCACCGCGAUGAGGGAGCGCGUGAGGGCGUGCUGGAGGACGUUGCCGUACCACGACAAUCGGCAACUCGGCAGGAAGAAAACAAACACUUCGCACAACACCAGAACUAGCGAACGCGCUAAGAAGUAGCUACCAACGAGCGAUUGUCCUAGCAGAGGCCAUGUGGGAUCGAUGGCUGAAGGAAUAUAUACCGACCCUAAACCGCCGCAGUAAAUGGUUGGAGCCAUGUAAACCACUAAAACCAGGAGACCUGGUUUUCAUCACAGAGGGUGCAAGGAAGGAAUGGCUGAGAGCAAUCGUACUGGAAACAUACCCGGGCACGGAUGGCACAGUAAGGCAAGCACUGGUACGUACAACUACGGGGAAGGAACUAAAACGUCCGGCAGUAAAACUAGCGUUGAUCGAUGUUGAAGUGAAAGAUGGGGAAAACAUAGACGAGCAAAAUAAGCCGAAAAUACCAAUGCAAACUAGUAGGAUAUGAGUGAACAGCAACAACGUGCAGGCAGAUGUGUUCACGCGGUGGGGAAUGUUGGAACGGAUAUUGUUGUUGGGACGGCUUUAAACUGACAGCGGAUUGUUGAUGUUCGAAUGAGUUCGAAUAUUGAUCUAUGAUUUCGAAUAAUGAUAGGUGCCAUCAAUGCCCACUAGAUGGCGUAUAGAAUAGAUCGUGGAAAAGGGAAUAGAUCGUGGAAAAGAGAGGGAAAUCAGUUAGAAGAAACCAACCAGCUCUCCGAAAAAAGGGACAAAAUCGCGGUUAAGGUCAGAGAGGUCAAACCGAUUUAAGCGCGCUAAAAACACUUAACGAGUCCAUUCGCAAAGGAGAAGCCAAGACGUUUUUUAAGCUUAACACAAAUAAACAAGUCUCGCUACAAAAAGCUUGGUUUUCGUGAUUAUUAUAUUAAAUAAACCCCUUUGCAAAAGCGAUCGUCGCAACAAUAAUAAUUCUGAAAAUUUCAGAUAGUUGUUUUUUUCAUAUUAGGCCAUGUGAUAAAGAAAAAAUAUCUCCAAAACUCCAAUAAUCUUCAAUAAUUGCUAAUUAUGAUAAAAGUAACAAAAACAAUACAACAAUAUAAUAAAAUAACCCAAAAAAUGUAAAUGUGUCUUUAUAGUCCGUAGCAAAAGUGUAACUGCCAUCAUCUUACCGAUGCGAUGUUUUAUCUCGAUCGCGAUGUUAAACCUUUUCCCCUUCACUGUACGAAUUAAAUGUUUUUGCACACUUCUCCAC